AUGGAUGGGAUUUUUGGGUUGGCAGCCCUGCAUAUAGCGUCAAGUGCAAAGCAUCCGUCUGAAAUUGUUUCGUACUUUGAUGCUGCACUUCGAUACCAUACCCUUGCCUCGUCACCUUUCCGUGAGGCCUUAAACAACAUCACACCGGCCAAUUGUGAAGCCGUCUUUGCCUUUGCCAUCAUCACUACGGUUUUCACAUUUUCCUCAACGCAGAUAGCGCCAGGCGGUAGGGAAAGCGGGACUGUACUUGAAGAUGUGAUAGCAAUAUUCGAGUUAUUGCAGGGAAUCAAAGGCAUCUUCUCAGUUAGUGAAGGUUGGCUGGAAAUCGGCUGGUUCUCGUCAAGCAUCAGGAUAGAAUCAGAAGAUGUCCCGGUAAAUAACGAGCCAGGAACUGAAAUUGCCUUCCGAAAGUUAAUGGCCUUUACGGAUGAGACGUUAGCCUCUGCCAAUGCGGAAGAAUAUAACGUUUUCAAGCGCCUAGUCCACAAGCUUGAGCUAUGUUUCUCAAUAUUCCGUGAGAAACAAGAUCAGAGCCUGGUAUUAUCGUGGCUAAGCAUGCUGGAUAAGAAUACUGUAUGCGAAGCCCGGCGCGGCAAUCCCUUAGUACUGCUUCUCUUUAUGCAUUGGGCGGUUCUCAUGCAUCUUAUGGAACCUCGCACCUGGUGGGCUAAAGGCCUCGGAGCCGGGCUAGUUGCAGAGUUGCUAACUCGAUUCCCGUCCGAUCCCCGGUUGGAUGAAAUGACUCGGUGGCCACGAGAGAAGGUAAACCUUCGCCCAAUCAAGCUUUUGACAUAG